AUGAUUCGGGAUACCGGCACCAUCCAGCUAUCGUGCCCACCUGGUCGUUCACGUGUCGUUCGUACUUCAGCAGCAAUUCAAAAAGUGAAAAGUCGAUUAAGACGGAAAAAAAACGUGUCGGUUCGGAAAUUGUCACGUGAAUUAAAUAUUUCACGAAGAACUGUUGGACGAAUACUCAAGAACGAUCUGAAAUGUCAUCCAUACAAGAAAAUAAUCGAACCAAAACUCACCGACAGCCACAAAGCCGAAACAAAAAAGUUUGCAAAUUGGAUUUUUGACAUCAACGGUGUCUAUAAUUCUCAAAACGAUCGAAUAUGGGCAGUAGAUCGUGCUCAAGCUGAUACAAAAGGUGGUAGAAAACAAGUGCAACAAUUUCCACAAAAAGUUAUGGUCUGGUUGGGAGCAUGUUCAAAAGGCGUGACGCCGUUAGUGAUUUUGGAUCGGAAACCAAAACCAAAAAGCGAUAAAGGGACAGUCGAUCACGUUCGAUAUAUACAAGAAGUGCUUCCGGUGGCUCUGGCAUACGGAAAUGAAGUAUUUGGUGAUCACUGGAUGUUUCAACAAGACGGUGCGGGUGCCCACAAGCAUCAGUUAACUCAAAAUUGGUGUCGAGACCAUUUUCCGUCGUUUAUAACCGAAGAUCGUUGGCCAGCAAAUAGUCCCGAUUUGAAUCCAUUAGAUUAUUCAAUCUGGGAUGAAUUUGUUCACGCCAUCAACUGGGGCAAAGUAACAUCAAAAAAGACCUUAAUUGAAGAAUUAAAACGUGCAGUAAGAAAAAUUAGACCAAAAAUAGUUUUAGAAAGCUGUAAUUCUUGGACUGUUCGUUUGUUGAAUGUUUGUAAAAAUGACGGAAAUUAUCUACGUUAA